AUGGCAUCAGCAGUUGCUGCUAGCCCCCUUCUUGCAGCCGCUGCUGCUGCAACCACUCCGGUUGCUCCUCGCUCCCCUGUUCCUUUUCCUGCUCCUUCUUCUCCUCCUUCCCCUGCCAUUGGUCCUCCUCCUGCUCGUUCUGCCUCUGCUGCUGCUGUCAUGGCAUCUACACUUUCUGCUGGCCCCUUCCUUGCAGCACUCCUCUCCUAUCAAGCAUCCCACCUGAACAGCAUCAGCUCACCACAAAUUUCCUCUCAAGCCGCUGCUGCUGCUUCUGCUUCUGGUGGGGCUUCUGCUUGUGCUCCUGCUGCCGGUAGUGAUGGUGGCGGUGUUGGUCUCUUUCUGGCGAAUCACCAACUUGCACCUCACCUUAUCAACGCACAGCUUGCAUUUGCUUCUGCUGCUGCUGCUCCUACCACCGGUGGCGCUUCUGCUGUUGGUGCUGCAGCCCCUUUUGCUGAUGUUGUUGGUGGCGGCUGCGGCGGUGCUAUGUCAUUUCUGACGAAUCACCAAGCACCUCAUCGGCGCAACACACAACAUGCACUCGCUGCUGCUGCUAAUCGUACUGCUGGCGACGGUGGUGGUGGUGCCGGUGCUGCUGCUGCUGCUGGUACUGCUGCUGCUGCUGCUGCUGCUGCUGCUGCUGCUGCUGCUGCUGCUGCUGCUGCUGCUGCUGCUGCUGCUGCUGCUGCUGCUGCUGCUGCUGCUGCUGCUGCUGCUGCUGCUGCUGCUGCUGGCGCUGCUUGUUCUACAGAAGAAGUUUGGGGAAGCAAGGAGGGAAGGCAGGUCAAAUUGGAGCAGAUGGGAGAUGCGGUAAGCAGGGGAGAGGGGAGAUCUGAGCGUUUCAGGCUGGAUGGUCAAGUGGGAGGGGUUUGGGGAAAAAGCAAGGAGGAGAGAGGUAAGAAGAGAGGGAGAAAGGAAGAGAAGGAGGAGGAGGACGAGGACGAGGACGAGGAGGAAUUUGAGCGAAAAGGAAAAUUCCUGCCAAUGCGAGUUGUCCUGGGGGAAACAGGUGCAAGGAAGGGAAUUGGAGGAGGAAUGGCAGCGAGAGAUGGUGGUAUGGGGGGGGGCGGUGGCAGUGGGAGUGGUGGUGGGGGGCAUGGUGGGGGAGGGGAUGAUGGUAGGAGUGGUGGUGGGAAUGGUGGUGCGAAUGGUGGGGGUAAUGGUGGAGGGGUAGGCGGUGCCAGGGUUGUUAGCAGUGGGAGUGGGCAUAGUAGCGGGUGCAGCAAAGCAGGCUCGAGCAGCAGAGCAAGGCGGAAAGCAGCAAAGACAAGUAAAGCAGAUAGAGAAACACCUACAACUAUUCCCAAAGAUGCUGCUGCAACGGCGUCGAUUCGCUCUGAUGGCGGUGAAUCGCACAGGAGAGGUGCACCUGUUGAUGCUUCCUCUAAUGAACCUACAGGUGCCAACACUGUCCCAUCUUUUCUGUCCACUCUGCCGGCCGGGAAGCGAGCAAAAAAGGACAAAAACAGGUACCGUGGUGUGCGGCAGCGGCACUGCGGGAAGUGGGUGGCGGAGAUCCGAUUCCCCAAGAAGAAAUCCCGCGUGUGGCUCGGAACGUUCACCUGCCCAGAAGAGGCUGCCCGAGCAUACGAUCGGGCAGCUGUGAAACUUCGUGGGCCCCGAGCGCUGACGAAUUUUCCGGAUGAGUAUGAGAAUUGGCAAAAUGGGGCGGGAGAUGACUUGUUGGGGUUUAAGGGGGAGGAAGGAGUGGAGAAGGAGGAAAUGGGGAAGGAUGAGGUGGGGUUUAAGGGGGGAAGUGCAGCAGAGAGAGGGGAGGGAGGCAGCAAAGGGGAGAUGUAUACGGUUAGAGAUGGUGAGGAUGAGGGGAGGGGAGCGGAAGGUAGUAAGCAGCUGGGGAAAAGGGCGAGGAGCAAGGGUGGAGGAAAAAAUGAGGGAGGGGAGGAAGAGAAGAUGGACGUGAGUGGAAACGGUGAGUGCAAGCCUGCUCCUGCUGCUGCUGCUGGUGGUAGUAGUGGUGGUGCUUCUGCUUCUGCUGCUGCUAUUGCUGGUGCAGCUGCUGUUGCUCCUGCUAUUGAUGGUGGUGCUGCUGCUGCUCCUGCUGUCGCAACCCAUCGGCUCAUCACACAACAUUCACCUGCUGCUGCUGCUGCUGCUGCUGCUGCUGCUGCUGCUGCUGCUGCUGCUGCUGCUGCUGCUGCUGCUGCUGCUGCUGCUGCUGCUGCUGCUGCUGCUGCUGCUGCUGCUGCUGGCGCUGCUUGUUUUACAGAAGAAGUAUGGGGAGGCAAGAAGGCAAGGAAGGUCAAAUUGGAGCAGAUGGGUGAUGCGGUAAGCCGGGGAGAGGGGAGAUCUGAGCGUUUCAGUGUGGAUGGCCAAGUGGGAGGGGUUUUGGGGAAAAGCAAGGAAGAGAGAGGCAAGAAGAGAGGGAGAAGGGAAGAGGAGAAGGAGGAGGACGACGAGGAAGAGGAGGAGGAGGAGGAGGAGGAGGAGGAGGAGGAGGAGGAGGAGGAGGAGGAGGAGGAGGAGGAGGAGGAGGAGGAGGAGGAGGAGGAGGAGGAGGACGACGACGACGACGACGACAAGGAAUUUGAGCGAAAAGGGAAAUUCUUGCGAAUGCGAGUAGUCCUGGGAGCAACAGGUGCAAGGGAGGCAUUUGGAGGAGGAAUGGCAGCGAGAGAUGGUGGUAUGAGGGGGGACGGUGGCAGUGGGAGUGGUGGUGGGGGGCAUGAUGGGGGAGGGGAUGAUGGAAGGAGUGGUGGUAGGAAUGGUGGUGCGAAUGGUGGGGGUAAUGGUGGAGGGGUAGGCGGUGGAAGGGUUGUUAGCAGUGGGAGUGGGCAUAGUAGCAGGUACAGUAGAGCAGGCUCAGGCGGUAGAGCAAGGUAG